UCGUUCAGACAAUCGCCGGUGGUUCAGGAUUGACCUAUGAGCAGCGUCGGUGGUCUUCAUCUCAGCAUCGGCGGGGACCAGGGUACCUCCGGAUGCGCAAGGAUCUUGAGCAUGGUACUGAAGACUUGAUGGAGCUUGCCCAAAUCAGGAUUGCAGAGGUCGGUGAUCAGUAUAAGUAGGCGGAGCUUCCUGGACUUCGGACGACAUCUGGUGUCAGCAGCAAUCUCUCGCAAUGGUGAACCCUUCAGUGCUCGCUGCAGCUUGCUUGCUCGCCAGCCCUCUCGUCAAUGCCUCUGGUGGAAAGAAUGAGCAUAAACCCGAAUAUGCACCCAACUACUCGACCCCAAUUUCAUACGGCAACAUAACCUCCAUCCUCGACCAAAUCCAGGCCCGCGGCUACCUCAAAGUCGGCACAACAGGCGACUACAAGCCCUUCUCCUACAAAGUCACAAACCGCACCGCCCUGCCUGCCACGCCCGCCAUAAACACCACCUACAUCGGCGCCGACAUCGACCUCGCGCAAGCCCUCUCCAACUCCCUCGGCCUGGCCAAACCCGUCCAAUUCGUCCCCACCAUCUGGGCAAACCUCACCUCCGACCUCGCAGCGCACGCCUUCGACGUCGCCAUGAGCGGCGUCAGCAUCACGCUCGCGCGCGCGCAGAAAGUCUUCUUCUCGACCGCGGUGCAGCGCGUCGGCAAAGCAGCGUGCGUGCGGUGCGCAGACCUGGCGCGGUUCUCGUCGCUCGCGGCCAUCGACGCCGCAGGCGUCAGGGUGGCGGUGAACCCGGGUGGCACGAACGAGGCGUUCGACCGGGCGAAUCUGAAAACCGCGACGAUCGUGGUGGUGCCGGAUAACAACGCGGUGUACAAGGCGGUCAUGGACGGCGAGGCGGAUGCGAUGAUCAGCGACGUGAUUGAGGUUGAGCUGCAGGUGCGGUUGCAUCCGGACGUGCUGUGUAUUGUGAAUCCGGACCAGGCGUUUACGUUUGAGGAGCUGGGGUAUAUGGUUGCGCGCGAUGUGGUGUGGAAGCAGUAUCUGGAUUUGUUUGUGCAUGUGCAGCUGGGGAGCGGGGCGUGGAAUGGCACGCUGGAGAAGUGGAUGUCUUAUAAGUGGCCGUCGGUGUAGAUGGGCUCGUAGACGAGAGUGUUUUAGUAGGAUCAUGGAAUCGUUUCUAUGCUAAAAAGAGGCAGAUCUUGUACAAACAGUGACUUUAUCUGCGUG